GAAGACAAUAAUAUGGCAGUGUGGCAUACGCGAAGAUAACCAUAUCCUCUGAUACCAGUGAAAUUCACCGCUCACUUCACAUCUGUGACCCCAAAUAGGUUCAUAUCAUGUAAGCGCUUCCUCGCGUCUCUUCUUCCGUCCUCUUCUCAAUAUCCCUCACACCACGCUCUCAAUUUCCGAUGGUCUAUCUCAGCCAAUUCGAGCCCAUCAUGAAGCUCUUCGCGACCUCCAUCCUCACUUUCGCCCUCCUGGGCAUCGUUACCACUGCUUCCACUCUCGACGGUGAAGCCUGCACUGAAGGCGAGAAGCAGUGCGCCCUCAAUGGUCACAUGGUCGGUCAAUGUGUCAACGGCAAGUGGACGAUUGUCAAUAUCUGCAAGCCUGGCGACAUCUGCGUUGAGAAUGCUACAGCUCUGUGUGCUUCGAACCCUGAUAGGAACGUACCUUUCAGCGCAGAGAGCGAUAUUUCCGCUAUUGAGGAUCUUGGUAACAAUGGUGCUGAGUUCCCUGCCACUGAGGAAUGUCGCGAUGGCGAUGCGCAGUGCGAAGUCCUUCCGCUCAUCCUGCUUGGCCGCUACGCUUUCAAGCGCUGCAAUAGCAACCACAAGUGGUUUAUCAAUGUGGUCUGCAACCGAGAGGAUGUCUGCAUUGCCGAGCCUUAUCCUCACUGUGCCAGUCUCGAGGCUGUUGACAGACGUGAAGAAAGCAAUGGCAAAGAUGGGGGUAAAGACGUCAUCAACGCGGUUCAGGUCAACAAAGUCGAACUGCCAUGCACAAAAUGCAAGAGAUUUCGCGAUGAGUGCACCACGAAUUGCUACAAGUCGGUCCAUUGGAGGACGCGGACGUGGUGCCAGAAGACAUGCAUCAACAAGAUGAAGGACUACUUUGUUGAAGACGGCAACCAUGGAACGUACCGCGGUACCUGUAAGUACUACUGCCCGAACUUGUGUCAAUAAGUUUCUGCGAUAGGAUGGCAGGCCGGGGUGAAGUAUCUGAGAGUCCUCUGUGAAACUGGAUGAAGCAAUAGGACACGUAGGAUCCGAGAAGUUACAAAGGUAGCGCAAGCGAAUAUAGGCCGUAGCCUGCGUUGACAU